AUGAUGAUUGGAUUUGAUAUGUCUGAUCUUGGAAAGAUGCAUUAUUUUCUUGGCAUUGAAGUGGUGCAAUCUGCUGGUGGUAUCUUUAUUUCACAAACGAAGUAUGUUCGAGAAAUCCUAAGCAGGUUCCAAAUGAAGAAUUGCAAUUCUGCUAGCACACCAAUUGAAGUUGGUUUGAAACUCAUUAAAGAUUCUGAAGGAAUGAGAGUUGACAACACUCUUCACAAGCAAAUUGUUGGGAGCUUGAUGUACUUGACUGCCACAAGGCCUAAUAUAAUGCAUGCUGUAAGUCUCAUUAGUAGGUACAUGGAGUGUCCAAAAGAGAUGUAUCUUCUAGCUGCCAAGAGGAUUUUUCAGUACUAG